AUGGCGAGUCAGUGUAAAAGGCAGCAAUGCACAAUCGACAGGCGCGGCUUUCGGCAGGAACUUGACUCGUGGCGACACAAACUUAUUCACUGUGUAGGUUUUGAGAGCAUCCUUGAAGGUCUCUUUGGUCCAGAGUUGGUAGAAGACCUUAAAUUAUUUAAGGAUUUUGAGCCAACAGGAGUAUCUGACUGGUCAUUUGAUGAAAAUUGUCUAUUCUGCUGUUUGAGACGAGACAAAGUAAAGGAACACUUAAUUGGCUUAAGCAACGAGGGGCUUGAAGACGCACACAAACCUCUCCUGGUGAAAGAUCAGACUGCAAUCAGCAGAUUAGAGAAACAAGCCGAGGAAUUUCUCAAUGCAGUUCUCUGCAGAAAAGAUGUGCCAAAUUUCUCGGACCCACACAUUCCAGUAGUGGCUCGAGAGAUCCUUCAGAGAAUGAUCCGACAGUUUGCUGCCGAAUAUACCUCAAAAACCAGCUCCCCUCAGGACAGUUGCUCAGAUUCUCAGCCUCACUCUGACCAAAGCCUGCCGACCCCACCCUUGCUCUCAGGGGCCCCUCCUCCUACCAGCCCUGCUGCCACCCUGGCUGGGCCUGCACACAACCAGAACCCCGUCCUCAGCAAGCUCCUCAUGGCUGACCAGGAUGCUCCUCUUGACCUCACCAUCAAGAAGCCCCCGGCUGAGCCCAGUGAACAAGAUGGAGUCCUUGACUUAUCUAUCAAAAAAAAUCGCUGUAGCAGCAACCUGCCUGUCCGUAGUCCCUGCCUUUCUCCAGCCACAUCCACACUCAAGGGUGAGACUCCAGACUCGCGUGUUGCAAAGGCAAAAGACCUGCAGUCCACCUCCACGCUGGAACAGUUCAUGGCCAAACUCUGCCCCCACCAUCAGAGGCAGAUAGUAGAUGCCAUAGGUUUUCUACAGACAGAGGUCAAAGCUCUUGCAUCCUCCAAUACACAGCAAGCCUCUAACUCUACCUUUGGGAUACAGGGAAAUGCUUGUUCCACUGCAAAAUCCACUGCAGUCACACCUGAGAAGUCAUGCCUGGAGUUGAGGUUUCCCACAGAAUCCAGUCCCAAGUCAGAAGUCCAGGAUAUGUCCCAUUCUAUCCCAGGCAGUUGUGCAAUGAAAAAAGUUCCAGAGGAUGCGGUGUCGCUGAAAACAUCAGUUACUGCUGGCCCUGCUUUGGACCUUCGCAGCCCUGGGUCAGGGAGUAACCAUGCUUUGGUCACUCCCAACACUAAUCCAGUGGAUACAGAGAACACCCGGCACGGUGAUCAUGCACCUCUUAAGAUGAAAAUCAUGGCCAGCAAUGUUGCUGAUGGUAAGAAGUUGUCAUGUGUGCUCAAUGCCUCUCUUUCAUCUCACUCUGAUACUUCAGAGGACAGACAGGGUAACUCAAAUUCAUCCAACAAAACAGAGACUCAUAGUGCUAGACUCAGCUCCUCUGUGAAAAGACACAAUCAAGCUAGUCACACACAUCAAGCUAGGCAAAGAGAGACUCUCGGGCAUGCCAAAGAUACACCAGCAAAACUGUUGUCAGUCCACAUGACCAUUCCUCCAGACUCUCCACGGACUGCUAGGAAGACCAUCAAGGCAUCCUCUGAUCAUCGGACAAGAGACUCUGCUUGUAGGGUACUGGCUGACCCUGAUCUCGGCCACUGUGACAUUGUUUUUAUUGACAAACCAAUUACAGAGUGUUUUAAGGAGCAGCAGCGUGGCAUACUUCCACGCCGUAAUGCCAGAAAAAGCACCAGAGGACACAUGUAUUCAGAUGAAAUCUGGGAGUUAAAAACUGUCCGUACAUUGGCUGGAAGGGGCAACUGUCCUAAUCCAAUGCCAGAACUGAUCACAUUGGUCACACCAAAACAAAUACUUUCAAAACCUGAAGGUGUACCCCCUGUGGAUAUGCCUUUUGCUGGAACAUGCAGGGAGACAAUGAAUCAGCAAAUGUCCCCAGAGGAGUCAGAUGAGAGUGUGAUACCAGGAACAGGAGAUGUGGUGGAGGUAGCAGACAGUGAAGUAGAUGUUAUAGUUGAAACUAGUCAGACUGAUCAGUGUCAGAAUAAGGGGCUGUCUACUCCUCCAUCUCCGAUAAGGUCCUCAAUAGAGAACAAAGAAACAGAUAGGAACACAGAUCUAGAACAGGAUACAACUGCAGAUUCACAGACGAUAACAGUAGGUGAAGAAAGUAUUGCUCAGGCUCCAUCUGAAGCAGAAAAAUAUGAUAAGCCUGAGCCUCAAGAGCACAUACCUGAAAGUACCAAGCAAACAGUCCCAGAAACAUUAGCGGAACCAUUACAAAAUAUUACAAUAGAAAAAGCUGAGACCAAGGUUUCAUCAGAUAAACAAAACAGUGAGCCUGUUCUCCAGGAGAAUAGUGCCCCAUCACCUGUGAAUCAAGUCGAGGAAGAGAUCAAGGAAAAUGAAAGGGAGGAAAUACAAGAUGAGCAACCUCAGGAACUUCAGCCAGAGACACAGUUACGCUAUAACAACUUUGAAGUAGCAGAAAAAUCCAACACCAUAAGUUCAUUAGAGCAGCCAAUGGUGAAAGAGCUAGAAAUUGAAACACUUGAAGCAGUUGACAGUGAUAUUCCUUUUACGACUGAAGAUGAUAAUAAUGAAUAUGAUGUGUCUGCAAAGACACUUGAUGCGCUCUUGAAGGAAUUACCCCCUUGGCGUAGAAAAAGAGGCACUAUAAUCUCACUGCCAAAGCGGUUAAGACAAACAGAAUCAGUGAUUGUGGGUUAUGUUAAUGGUAGGCCCAUAUCGGCCUCUGACAGAAGUUUGCGUCGUAGAUCAAGUAACAGCACCACAUCACCUAACAAAACUCCAGUGAAAUCCAGUCAGGAUCUACCCAGUAAAGCCUCUCCUGCUUCUCCUGAUUCAGCUAUUGAUUCAAUUGUUGAAAACAAACAUUUGGAGAAACAUCUACCUGAAACACAUAUACCUGUAAAUUUGAGUGAGACUACUUCUGUGAUUGAGCAGGUGACAGAACCAUCUCCUGACACAGCAUCAAUCCCAACAUCUAAAGUUCCUUCAAGGACCAAACAAAUCCAGAAACAAAAGAGAGUUCAGAGAGAUCAAGAUAGUUUGCCUGUCCUCUCUGAUCAGCUUGUUGACAGUCCUCAGAGCACUGAUUCCAAACGGCAACUUAGAUCAACCAGCCAGAAGCCGGCUGGAACUCCAGUAUCACCGCACACUGCAAAUGCUGUCUCUUCCACUUCAUCUCCAAAACCAUCUGCUACCCAUGCUCCUCAAUCUACACAGCAGCUUCCCUCCCUCCCCCUUCCGUCUCCGCUUCCUGUUACCUCUACUCCUCUAAUAAGGUCAUCUCCCCCUGCACCCUCUGAACAGUCCCAACAGAACACAGUUCCAGAGACAAGUAUGGAAUUUAACACAGAAGAAUCGCAGCCAGUAGAGACAACCUCUGAAGAAUUACAAAAAAAUGAAGUAGAAAGUGGAUUGGCAGCCAAACAAAGGUCUGCAAAGGUUGUCGUAGACGACAGUAAGAAUGAGACACAGCAACUUAGCGGGGAGGUAGAAAAUCAAUGUCCUGUAAAGACUGAAAUGCAGACACUGAUUAUGCCAUUAAGAAGUAAACGGGUUCUCCGAAAGGACGCUGAAGCAGCUGAUAUUGCUUUGCCACAGAAGCCAAAUGUAGCAUCUUUAGAAGACAGGUUUGCAAGUGGAGAUGAUUACAAUACAUCCUCUAUAUUGGACAAACCCACAAGAAUGCCAUUAAGGAGUGAAAGCAGUAAGACCGAAAUGUUCCACCAGUCUGUUACUCAGUCGCCACAAGUGGACAACAAGAAAUUAGCUUUGAGAUCACAAAGAUUGGCUUCACCUUCUACCAGUUCUCUUGCUGUAGCUGGAAGACAGACUGACGUAGCUUCCCCUAUCAGAAUGAUGUCAGAAAGAAUAACUAAAGCUCAGGUGAAGUCCCCUCCAGUGUCUGUGUUGCCCCACAGCUCAGCCGUCCCUGUCAUUACAUCAAGACCUGAGCCCCCAAAACAAUCUACAAACAAAUUCUUUGAGACUCUUACUGGAGAGGAAAACCAACACCUGAUUACAAAUUUAAACGUUAAGUAUGAUAGAAUGCAAAAAGGUUGGGUACAAUUGGACAAAGAGGGUCAGCCGGCAACAAAAUACAAAAAUAAAGCAGACAGGCAGGCAGCUAUUUGGAAAAGUAAACGCAGGGCCCGAAAACCAAAGUUUUCAGAGCACCAGAAAUACUCACCAGUCCAAAUGCUCUUUAUGAAAGGUUUUAAUCUCACCAGUAUUUGUCGUUGGUUCCUUGAAUCAACAGAAACAAAGUCUCUUGUCAUUGUUAAGAAGGUGAAUACACGUCUUCCGUCAGAAACACAGCUGUGCUUCCACAGCUCAUCUAGUGCUUCAGGGACCUCUCAGGGGGUAUUUCCAAGCCUACAGGCAGAGCGCUUAAAGAAACAUUUGAAAAAGUUUGCCAUCGCUUCACCUGUAAAGAGCAACCCCAAGAGUCAGAAAUUGAUUGCUAAAGCCCUGGAGCAAGAGGCAAAUACAGUCAAAGGGAAAGAGAGGAGAGAAUUUCACAGUACUACUCAGACUUUGACUAAGUCACACUCCUCUACUGAAGCCCCUGUACAGAUAAGUGAAUCCCAGAAAUCCUCUGGUAAAUCAAAGAAUCCAGCUAGUGCAAGGAUCUUGAGGAAAUACUCUAAUAUCCGAGGGAAGAUGCAGGUUCAGCAAACUAAUGUUAGACUGAAAAAGGCCUCAAAAACCUUAAAAACCAAUAAUAUGAAAAGAAUGGCCACCGCAAAGUCUGUGGCAAAGUCAAAUCUGAAACCAUCUCUGAAGGCACAGAAGUCAGCCCUACCUGUUAGUAAACAAAUGAAAGAAUCUACGGCAAAAAUGGAAAGAAGGAAAAUAUUGGUUGACAAAAAAAUUGUAAAGCAUCCUGUUCAGGAGAGAGCAGUCAAGGCCCAGAGCAGUAGUAGAGCUUCAAGAGACACAACUAAAAAAGAAUUGCCAAAGAGAUGUUCUCAACGACUAGGGUCUCCGAAAAUAUCUGAACAUAACCCUGGCGACACAUCUAAAAGCAAGAUUGACAGUAAAAAGCCAAGUGAAGCAGAGAGAGUAGAGGUGGAAAAACCUACAGUGAAUAAAAUGCAUGCUGUGAAAAUCCAAACAAAGGAAUCAGCACAAAGUACACUCGCUGAAAUCAAAGUUACAGAGAAUGCAGUUGAAACCCCUCAACAGAGCACCUCACCUGACCAGGUACUAACAAGAUCCCAGAGAAAAAUGGAGGUGGCAGUCCCUUUGAGUGGGAGCCCCAGUCAUGCUUCAAAGAGGGCCCUAAAGUCCAUGACAACACAGAAAGCAUCUUUGAAAUCAGCCAGGAAAGCUGAGGAGCCCACGCUGACACGAAGGUGCACUUUAAAAUCCCCUGCAAAGACACGUCAGGCAGCAUCGUUGCCACGUGGUGCAAAAAAGCCUGCAAAAAAGAGAGCUCAGGAGCUUCUAGAGACCCCAGCUAAGCGCACCAGGACAUCAAAAUAAAGUGGACCUGCAGAGAGAGAUCAUCUUUAUUUAGAGGAUUUUGUGAAUAUAUUCAGAAGGACCAGAAGUAUCUAUUUUGUAUUCUCACUGAACCCUUCAGAGGAUACCUUUUUCAGUAGGCAAAUGUGUGAAGAAGGAACAGAUUUUGAAAUUUCAUUUAUGCUUUUGUAAAGCUUCAGUGUGAAAUUGCAGAUGUGCUGGAUUAUUUGCUGAGCGUUUGCUCUGUGUUCAGGGACUACAGACAAGUUCCUACAUGACGUCUAGCAGAUGUAGUUGCAGUUUGGCUUUAUGUUCCAGCACUCUACGACAUGGCUGGAGAUAACAAUAGUCUAUCAAACCUCAUUUUAAAAGUUAGGAUAACAAAAACUAAGCUAUGAUGCAGUUAUCAAGGUGACGUUAAAUUCAUUCACCAUCCUCCUUUUGUUUCUUUUUUUUUUUGCCAUUUUGUAUAUAAUUAUUGUUUUAGAUGAUAGUAUACACUGCAUUUACAGUUCAGAGAGCUUGAUGUGAGAAGGGUGAUCAGCUUUUGAAUAAAAAUUUUACAGUCAGUAGGCAGUUUGUAUCUCCAGCCUGUCUUCUAAUCACAACAUUGUGAAUAUGUGACUGUUGUGACCAGGUGCCUUAUUUAUGAAGUGUAAAGUAAUAGAAUGUGUUGCUUAAUGUGAAAACUCCUGUCCUCUAGUUGUAACAGCUUUCAGUCCCUUGAGAGGCAGUCAAUAUUCCUUUGCUACACGGAGCGUGUGCAAAAUGUUUGUGUUCCACAAAGUAUGUGCCUCGUGCUUCAUCUGUAAAUUCUUAUGUUGACUGACAGGUUUAUUUUAUAUGCCCAUUUUCCCAGAGCGUUAACAUACAAUGGUUCUUAUUAUAGUUGUAUUAGGUGUUGAAGCAAAUACGAGGAUUGUUAAAACAGGCAUGUGUGCUCUGUAUGUGUCAAGAUAAAAGUUUGUGUUUUUUAUGUUGUUUUUGGUCAGUUUUCAUCACCUGUGCAGUCCAAUUGUUAUCUGCUCAUAAUAGAGACUUCACUUUGAGUAUUUUACCUGCUUCUGCAUGUGUUAAGUUUUGUCAAUGUGGAGACAAGAACCAGAACUGUUUUCACGCCCCUGAUCUUUGAAAAUACUAACACAGUUCAAGACUAUGCAUGCACAUUUAGUGCGCAUCAAAAAGUUGUACUGAAAACCCAUGUGAGACAACUUUGGGAAACUGGCUUUUCUGUCACUUUGGCAACAAUAUUUCCAAGCAACAAAGGCCUGAAAAGUAUGUAUAUUUGGUUGGUUAAUAUGAAUGAAGCAUAUGGUCUCUUUAGCAUUAAUGGCACAUUACAGGGUGAUAAAUUUGUUCCCUUGAUUAUUCACAAGUUGGAUAUGAAAUUUUUGAGGUAGUCUAGUCACACUUCUGAGUUAUGUAUCCAAGUAUGUUGCAGUUUUAUUGUUAUGUUAUUGUUUUUUAUUGUCAUUGAUUGUCAGGCAGAUGUUCUCAUAAUGUGAAGUUUCUUUACUUUCACAGUAGUAACUUGCAUUAGUGUCUCGUCAAAGGAAAAAUACCAGUUUUAGCACAGUGUUAUUUUUUUUAUUAUUAUGGUCAAUUCUCUUUAGAGGGUAAAUCAUCUGUAAAUGCAAAACAUGUCUGUCAUGUUUUUAUUGUUAUUUAAGAAUGCCAUGCAGGCUAAUGAAUUUAGCAAAUCUAAAACAGCCCACCAAAUAUCAGACUUGAACAUGUUUAUUCUUUACAGUUGCUAUUUAAAGAUUUUCAUUUUGUAUAUUAGAAAGAAAUAACUGCUUUAUUUGUGGUAAUCCCAAGAAUGAUACAUCUUUAUGUUAAGAACUUUGUAUUUUUG